AUGCUGGUGCUGUCCGGGCUGGUGUUGGUGCUGAAGGAUCUGUGGACACUCUCCUUCCUCCGGGACGUCCUGUGCGAGUUCGUGGGCACUGCCCUCUUCCUCUUCGCCGGCCUGGCGUCAGUGGUGCUGUGGCCUGGGGCACCCGUACCAGGGGGCGCCGUCGGACCCACUCAAUCUUCAGCAGACACAGCCCCGGCCCUUCCGGCUGCCCCGCCCGAGUGCCACCCUGACCCCCUGCACGUUGCCCUGGCCUUCGGGGCCUCCUUGGCGCUGGUGUCAGUGUGUCUGGGGCCCGCCACCUCUGGCGGUGUCCAUCUGAACCCGGCGGUCACCUUGGCAAUGGUGGUUGGGCUGAAGGUCACCCCCUGGAGGGCCGUCCUGUACAUGGGUGCUCAGCUGCUGGGAGCCGUCUGUGCCUGCGCCCUCCUGCUGGGGGUCAUGCCUACCUCCCUCGGUGGGCAGGUGGGGUUGAAUGAGCUCGCUCCAGGGGUCUGCUCUUAUCAAGCUUUCUCAGUGGAAGCGGCCAUCACAUUUCUGCUAGUGCUCUGCGUCACAGUCACUGCCCGUCCCAAGUCUCCGUUCCAGUCGCUUGGCCCCAUCGUUGUUGGCCUGUCGGUCACUUUAGGACACCUUGUCGCAAUUGACCUCACGGGCUGUGGGAUGAACCCGGCCAGGUCCUUCGGCCCUGCGGUGAUGGCCCUGAACUUCCACAACCACUGGGUGUACUGGGCAGGGCCAUGUGUGGGGGCCGUCCUUGCGGUCUUGCUGCAUGACCUGCUGCUCCACCCUCGGUGGAGCUGCCCGGGUGACUGGCUGGCAGAGCUCCGGGAAGUCUCCCUGAAAGCCCACCACAAGCAGCCCGCCAGCCUGGAGCAUGCAGGGGAGUAA